UUAUAAUCGUAAAAAAUGCUUUAACGUUCUAACAAUUAAAGAUAAUGUUAGAAUAAAAUAUCUUCUUUCAAAUUACCGUGGAACAGAACAAUUUCCAAAACAUACCAUAUAGAGCGAUAUUGGAGAUAAUACGCGUAACUUUUAUUUUAAAUUCUCAUGUAUGUGUAUAGUACUUACACCACCAAAGAUAACAUCAGUGUUGUUAUAUAAAUAAAAAAUAUUUUCAUUUAUAAAUAAAUAAAUAUAUAUACGACUUUAAAUUUGAAUCGAUUGAAGGGAUAAUAUCGUUAUAUUUGCGAACGGAAGAGAUCUUUGUUACGUGAUUUAGUUUCUUUAUUAAUGAUGUAUUUUAUUUAACAAUUAUUGUAUAUCGACCACGACAUGAUCCACGUUUCAUCUUACUGUAUUUUAAGACUUUUUGUGAGCAUUAUUUUUUAUAUUCACCACAUAGCGUAACCAACAUAAAAUAUACACUCGGAUUUAUUCAUACUUUGAUUGACUCCCGCAUUGAAUUUGUGAUAUAUUUUGAUGAAGACAUACUAUGUGUGAUGAUGACUCGAGGAGAAGUCGUAAUCGAGGAAUUUUUGAUACUUUAUUUUUUAAAUUUGUAUGUAAAAUCUCAUUACUAUUAAAGAGAUAAUUUGCGCCUCAAUAACAACGCUUGAUUCUCAUUUGCCCAUUUUUGUUUAUCAAAUAUAUAUAUACAUUUGUCAAUAUAACGGCAUUUUGAAAGUUGCUCCGUACGUUCCACAGUAGGUACUGCAUAGUAUAUCUAGAUGAAUUAAUAUAAAAAUUCUUAGAUAUUUCCGAUUCUUGAACAUGUUCUGUUUAUUAAUAUUUAUAUAUACUAGCAGGUCAAUCUAAUGGCAUUACAUUUUCAGAUUAGCUACUAGCAACAUGGUCUCGUGUCGUAUUUUCAAUAAUUUUCUAUUGUCAAUUGCUAUUAUUAGUUUAAACACAAUUCUAAUCGCAUCUAUGCCCUCUGAGCUUAAAUUAGUUAAUGUGAUAUUCAGACAUGGCGAUCGUACACCCGAUAACAACGGUCGUGAAAUGUUUCCGAACGAUCCGUAUAUAAAUUAUUCCUUCUAUCCCACAGGCCUCGGGCAAUUGACCAUAGAGGGCAAGAAACACGAAUAUAGAUUGGGAAAAUUUCUGCGCUCCAGAUACAAUGACUUUCUCGGUAGUUUGUAUACGCCAAAACUUGUCGUAGCUCGUAGUUCAGAUUUUGAGAGAACAAAAAUGUCUCUGCAACUUGUUCUCGCCAGUUUGUUCCCACCGAGAAAUGUACAACGAUGGAAUCCUCUUUUAAACUGGCAACCAAUCCCGACAUCGUACACACCACGUAUCGACGACAAUAUUAUCCUAGCCGACGAGUGUCCGCAGUACAUCGAGGAGUACAAUCGAAUAUUGAGCUCGUCCGAAGGACAAGAAAAGAUUAGUCAGUUCAAAGACUUGAUGGGUAACUUGACGAAGCUAACUGGCAAGAAAAUAAAAACAGUAGAAGAGCUUUACUUCCUUUAUCAAACUUUUAUAGCUGAGUCUUCUUUGGGAUUGCCUCUUCCCGAAUGGGCAUACGACUAUUUUCCUUAUGGACCACUGUUCGAUGGAAUUGUGGCUUCAUACAAUAUUUCUAACUUCACUCCAUUAAUAAGAAGGCUAAAUGCUGGUCCAAUGAUUCGUACCAUGACGGACAAUAUGAUAGCUGCACAAAAUCCAACUGCUGCGCCAAACACGAAGAUUUAUUUAUACAGUGGACACGAGACCAACAUUGCAGGUAUGUUGCACGCGUUUGGUGUAUACAAGCCGCAUGUACCAGAGUAUUCGAGUGCAAUUAUCAUGGAAUUGCAACAGAUUGACCAAGAAUAUUAUGUAAAGCUCGUGUAUUAUCGAGGCAUCCCGCCAACUAUCAAAGAGCUUAAAAUCCCAGGUUGCGACGUACUAUGUCCCUUCGAUAAAUAUUUGGAGCUAAUUGAAGAUUUGAUCCCGUCCGACGAGGAGAUGAUUUGCGACAAGAGACAAACUCCGGAUUUUGCCGGUACGGAAUACCCCGCCGGCUUGCAGAAUAUUCUGGAGAAUUUAAUUAAGAGAUCAGCAAUCGAGAAGAGCAUUCAGCGAUAAAGCGUGUGUUAUACUAAUUGUCUUAUAGAAAAUUAUGUGCACUUUGUCAUCAGUGCAACAAGAUUUUUUUCCACUAAAUCAUUCUUUUUCAUUAUUUAUUUAUUCAAUUGCCAUUAAAUAUAGAUAUUGAAAGA